AUGGUGCUUCAGGCGCUGCUCACCUGGGAAGUUCUUGCUGCUGCUGCAAGCAACGGAAACUCCCACAGUGUUGCUGUUGCAGGCCAGGGAGACUCCCACAGUGUUGCUGCUGCAGGCCAGGGAGACUCCCACAGUGUUGCUGUUGCAGGCCAGGGAGACUCCCACAGUGUUGCUGUUGCAGGCCAGGGAGACUCCCAUAAUGUUGCUGCUGCAGGCCAGGGAGACUCCCACAGUGUUGCUGUUGCAAGCCAGGGAGACUCCGAUAAUGUUGCUGCUGCAGGCCAGGGAGACUCCCACAGUGUUGUUACUGCAGACCAGGGAGACUCCCAUAGUGUUGUUGCUGCAGACCAGGGAGACUCCCACAGUGUUGUUGCUGCAGGCCAGGGAGACUCCCACAGUGUUGUUGCUGCAGGCCAGGGAGACUCCCACAGUGUUGCUGUUGCAGGCCAGGGAGACUCCCAUAAUGUUGCUGCUGCAGGCCAGGGAGACUCCCACAGUGUUGCUGUUGCAGGCCAGGGAGACUCCCAUAAUGUUGCUGCUGUAGGCCAGGGAGACUCCCACAGUGUUGUUACUGCAGACCAGGGAGACUCCCAUAGUGUUGUUGCUGCAGGCCAGGGAGACUCCCACAGUGUUGUUGCUGCAGGCCAGGGAGACUCCCACAGUGUUGCUGUUGCAGGCCAGGGAGACUCCCACAGUGUGGCUGCUGCAGGCCAGGGAGACUCCCAUAGUUUUGCUGCUGCAGGCCAGGGAGACUCCCAUAGUUUUGCUGCUUGA